AUGAAGCCCAAGAAAUCUCUGGAAAUCGACGGUCGCACGGGGGAAGGCGGAGGUCAGCUCGUGCGUUUAUCAUGCGCCUUGGCAGCCGCGACAUCGCAACCCAUUCGCAUCACUCACGUCAGAGGCAACCGAGACCGAGGCGGAGGAUUGAAAGCCCAACAUGUCUCAUCGGUCAGAUGGCUGGCCGAAGCCACCGGAGGCGAGGUCGAGGGCCUGAGCGUCGGCAGCCGGACGCUGGAGUUCAGAUCCUCUGCGCCCCCGACGGCUCUAGAGGAGCGCAAGAUUCAGAUCGUGGCCGACAGCAGCGCCGCGAGCACGCUGCUCAUAUUCCAGGCCGUGUUUCCGUAUCUGUUGUUUGCUGCCAAUGAGAACGGGGACCCGAUCGAGCUCGAGAUCCAAGGGGGCACCAAUGUGUCGUUCUCACUAUCGUACGAAUAUCUAGACCAGGUCCUGCUGCCGACUUUACAAGAUCGCUUCGGAAUCAAGGUCGAACGAGAGCUGAGGGCACGGUCAUGGGCGGUUGGUCCUAAGAGGAUGGGCAGCAUCUGGCUGAAGUUCCAACCUAUUCCACGCGGACAAACGUUGAAGCACCUACAGCCCUGGGACAACCCACUUACAGAGAAGGACUUCACGAUAAAGCAGAUCGACGUGAGCAUGCUGGUACCUAAUGCCCUGCGCGAACCGCUCGAGAAGGCAUUAGCGCGCGAUCUCGACAACCUAUUCCCGGACGUCGACAUCAACUUCGUACUGAUGGAGGAAAGCGGCCACGAUGCGCGGAUGUACACUCUACUGGUAGCUCACUCCGAAACCGGUCAGCGCUGGGGGCGUGAUUUUCUAUACAAUCGCGCGUGGAAGAAGAAGACGCCCGAGACGCUGAGCGCCGAGAUCUCCCGGGAAGUCUGCAAACAGCUCGCCCGGGAAAUCGCGACCCGCGGCGUCGUCGACGAGUACCUGCAAGAUCAGCUGGUCGUGUUCCAGGCCUUGGCCGAGGGGAGGACGAGCUUCCAUCGCGGGGACGAGCCGGCAGAUAUGGAUGCACCUCCAACUGGGGCGGCUAAGGGGGGUGAUCAGCUGAGCACGUCGAUGGACGGACUGAAGCUCGAGAAGCGGAUGAGGAAGGACAGGAUGUAUGAGCUUUUCGGAGAGGGCUCUACACACACGACUACGGCGAGAUGGGUGGCCUGCGAGCUGUUGCCCACGGUGCAGUGGUAUAACAAGGGAAGCAUCUGCGAUGGUGCUGGUGUUUCGUUUGCUUCGUAG